UUUCUCUUUACUCUUUGGUUUUUGCCACCAUUUACUCGAUAAACAUAUACAGAAGAUGAAAAGCCAACAGUCUCUUCUUCCUCUAUAAAUUGACCGGCAAACAUUUACAGAAGAUGAAAAGCCACCAUUUACUCGAUAAACAUAUACAGAAGAUGAAAAGCCAACAGUCUCAUCUUUCUCUAUUAAUUGACCGACAAACAUUUACAGAAGAUGAAAAGCCAGCAGCCUCUUAUAAACCGACGACACCAUAUGUUACUCGGCAAAAUUGCUACUUGUUACAUCAUUGCUUUGAACAAUGGCUGAUGAAAAGAUUUGUAACAACAAGCUUCAAUAUGACAGCGAUGAGGUCGACGAUGAUGACGGCGACGAUGAUUGCAACGAAGACACCGGAAGCGAUUGCGGCCUUUUUCUGGAGAAGCUAUACAUAGGAUCAAGGAAGAAGCUUGUAAUCUUUAGCCUCAAUGGCUUGCUAGUCCACAGAGUUAUCCGCUACAACAGGGCAAAAAUUCCGAGCAAUCGUACUCCUGAUGGCACAUAUGGAAGCUAUCUAGUUUUUAGGAGACCAUUUUGUGAGGAAUUCAUGCAAUUUUGUUUUGAAAGAUUCGAAGUUGGAAUAUUGAGUUCUGCCCAAGUAAAAAAUGUGGAUGGUGUUUUGGAUUGUGUGAUGGGAAAGCUGAGAAGGCGACUGUCAUUUGUUUGGGAUCAACAUGAAUGUACCGACUCUGGGUUCAAGUCGCUAGAGGAUAAUCGCAAGCCUCUAUUUUUCAAAGAACUGGACAAAGUGUGGAGCUAUUUUAGCGGGAAAUACUCAGAAUCUGAUACACUUUUCAUUGAUGAUCAACCUUACAAGGGUCUAUUGAAUCCUCCUAACACAGGUAUCUUCUUGGAGUCAUAUGAUGCUGAGAAUGACAACGACAAAGAAUUAGAUCCAAAGCGAGAACUUGGGAAGUAUUUGGAUGGCCUUGCAGAUGCAAAAGAUGUGCAAAUUUAUGUGAAGGAAAACCCUUUUGGACAGCCUGCUGUUUCAUCUACUCAUCCUUAUUGGAAAUUCUACUCGAAUGUUCUUCGUAGGCUCCGAAAGCAGUACGAGCGUUGAGAGACUCGGCUUUCAUGUUUUAACAUCUGCUUUUUGUUUGCAGCACUUGAACUGAACAUGUUGUCUUUUGCUUCGUUCUGUGUGUUUGUCUAGCUGUUACUCUUGUUGCAAUAAAUCCAGUUGGAUAGUUCUAA